AUGUCGUUAAGUAAACUGGGCUUCCUCAUUGGCUUGGCUGUCGGGGACUGCUUGUACCCAACCAUCAUACCCCGAGGGACAAAAGUGAGCCUCGUCCCCCUUUUUGUGAUCCUAUCCUUCUUGUCCUUUUUUUUUGUUUGUAGAUACAAGAGCCUGGUGACGGGGAAGCGAGCCCGCGGACUCAUCGCCGUUCUCUGGUUGCUCUCGUUCAUCAUCGGCCUGACGCCGCUGAUGGGUUGGAACAGGAUGGAAGUGAUGAAGAACUGCACCAAUGAGACACGGACCCCCAGCGGGAACUGCCUGGUGACCUGCCUCUUCGAGAACGUGGUGCCCAUGAGCUACAUGGUCUACUUCAACUUCUUCGGCUGCGUCCUCCUGCCGCUCUUCAUCAUGCUUUGCAUCUACAUCAAGAUCUUCGCCGUCGCCUGCAAACAGCUGCGGCAGAUCGAGCUGGUGGGCAACUGCCGGAUGACGCUGCAGAAGGAGGUCAGCGCCGCCAAGUCGCUAGCCAUCAUUGUGGGCCUCUUCGCCCUCUGCUGGCUGCCGCUGCACAUCAUCAACUGCCUGACUCUCUUCUACCCCACGUUCGCGAAGAGCAAGCGUGACUGGAUCAUGUAUUUAACCAUCAUCCUCUCCCACACCAACUCGGUGGUCAACCCCAUUAUUUACGCCUAUCGCAUCCAGGAUUUCCGGUACACUUUCCGGAAGAUCCUCUCGCGGUACGUCCUGUGCAAGGAUGAGGAUUUUCCCAAGUACCCCAAAGGGAGCAACAGUGGCGGGAGCAGCCGUCACCUGGCGGUGAAUAACCUGAGUACAUCGCCAACCUACGUUUGAGGUCAGCGGGACAGCCAGUAAGGCUUUUAUCUGUCCCCUUAAUCGUGGCAGGAUGCACAGCGCACCGUUCAAUGGGAAACAAGCUGCCAGGAGGCUCACAAUCAGGUAGUCCUCGGCUUACGGCUGUCCGUUACGGUUGUAAGUUGUGACGGUUAGAAAGCGGGACACCCCACGUGGUCGGCCUGCUUUUACGACUUUUUUUUUUUGAAGCAGUCAUUCAGCGAAGCAAUUGUUCGUUAAGGGCUGGUUUUGCCAAAAACCAGAAGUAAAUUUUUGGGGUUUGGGUAGAAACGUCGUAACACCAGUCGUGUCGCCGAGAGACGCUGCAAAGGGCCGUAAGUGCGAGCCAGUGGACAAGCAUCGAAAAUGACUAUGUUGGGGGACCGGACGUUGUGACUUCGGAACUGGGUCUUUGGUAACCCUGAGGAGGUUUGUUGUAAUUUUGAUUGGUCGUAAAUCAAGGACUAUCUGUGUGACUUCCUGCGAUAUGCAGGAGUGUUGGAACAAGAAGGGCUCUGCAAGUGCUCGGCUUUGUUUUGAGUACAAUAGUAUUCCUCGACCUCAGCAAUGGGAUGCCGUGUGGACUGCAGCUCCCAGAAUUCCCCAGGCUUUAAGAGGGGUGAACUUCUAUCCAUGCUGACUGGGGGAUUCUGGGAGUGGAAGUCCACUGAUGUUAAAACAUACCAGCUGGGAAAUUCUGGAAGUCCACCCAUAUUAAAGCAGACUGGCAGGGGAAUUCUGGGAGUGGAAGUCCACCCCUCUUAAAACAUGCUGUCUGGGGAAUUCUGGGAAUGGAAGUCCACUCAUCUUAAAGCAGGCUGGCUGGGGGAUUCUGGGAGUGGAAGUCCACCCCUUCUUAAAGCAGG